AUGAGGAUUAACCGCAGACUCGUUCAAAAGACCAUCCUCACUUUCCUAAGAUCCAAAAAACACAAGACAAGAAUGACAUACAAUGCGCCUCCUCCAGCGGAAGAUGAGGAGAACAACGCAAGAUCGACGGAGAAUAAUCAUCGGCAAAUGGAUUACAACGAUUGGUUACCGGUAACGGCGUCUAGGGAGGGCAAGUGGUAUUACUCUGCCUUUCACAAUGUCACGGCCAUGGUCGGCGCCGGAGUUCUCGGUCUCCCAUUCGCCAUGGGACCUGGACUUGUUGCAAUAAUGUUAUCAUGGGCUAUAACGUUCUAUUCGUUGUGGCAAAUGGUGGAGUUGCACGAAUCUGUUCCCGGGAAACGGUUAGAUCGUUAUCCAGAGCUAGGCCAAGAAGCGUUCGGACCAAGACUAGGUUACUGGAUCGUCUUGCCUCAACAGCUUCUGGUCCAGAUGGCUUCCGACAUAGUUUACAACGUGACGGGAGGCAAAUCGCUUAAGAAAUUCGUCGAGCUUCUUUUCCCUAAUCUCCAUCAUGUACGUCAGACUUAUUACAUCCUCGGAUUCGCCGCGUUGCAGAUCGUCCUCUCUCAGUCUCCUGAUUUCAACUCUAUCAAGAUCGUCUCUCUUCUCGCUGCACUCAUUUACUCAAUGAUAGCGUCUGUAGCGUCAAUAGUGAAAGGAACGGAGCAUCGUCCAUCGGAGUACGGAGUCAGAGGAGACACGACGGCUGCAAUGAUUUUCGACGCGUUUAACGGUAUAGGAACAAUAGCGUUUGCGUUUGCAGGACACAGUGUGGUUCUUGAGAUCCAAGCAACAAUUCCUUCAACACCUGAAAUCCCAUCGAAGAAACCAAUGUGGAAAGGAGUCGUCGUCGCUUACUUGAUCGUCAUCGUUUGUUACCUCUGUGUGGCUAUCUCCGGUUUCUGGGCUUUCGGUGAUCUUGUUGAGGACGAUGUUCUCAUUUCCCUUGAGAGACCUGCUUGGCUUAUAGCUGCUGCUAAUUUCAUGGUCUUUAUCCAUGUCAUCGGAAGUUAUCAGGUUUUCGCCAUGUCGGUGUUUGACACGAUCGAGUCAUAUCUGGUGAAAAAUCUUAAAUUCACCCCUUCGACAACACUGCGUCUAGUCGCACGUAGCUCAUACGUUGCAUUGAUAUGUCUUGUAGCGGUUUGUAUCCCAUUUUUCGGAGGUCUUUUAGGGUUCUUCGGUGGCCUCGUCUUCUCAUCAACAUCGUACUUUCUGCCUUGCAUUAUAUGGUUGAUCAUGAAGCGACCAAAACCAUGGAGCAUGCAUUGGUUUUUCUCUUGGAUAGCAAUAAUCAUUGGUGUCUUGAUAGCAAUCUUUGCGCCAAUUGGAGGAAUGAGACACAUUAUCCUUUCAGCAAAAAGCUACAAGCUCUUCUCAUAGGCUUCAAAAGCCCAAAGCAACCACCAUCACAACAACUUUAAAAUGUUUUAACUUAGCCGUCUAGUUUUGGAAUACAUAGUUAGAAUAUUUGGAUCUUCUUUUGUGUUUCUCUCGUUUCAUUGAGUGUGUCUUGUUUUUUUAUAUAACCAUUCCAUCAAGAACUGCCUUAUGAAUUGCUCCUGGAUAUCCAUGAAGGCUCUAGAGUCUGAGGCUGUGACAGAUGUUCUCUCCAACCAGUCAUGUAAAAUCACCUACAAAGGAAUAUCAUACGAUUUGUGGGCUCUCAACUUGCAGAUUUUUUAGCAUAUUUUUCUUUUUCAUUUCAAGCUUAUAGAUUUUUCUACUGCGGGUAAAAAGACUAAAUGGCUGUGUAGCACUCAAAGCUUUUGGUUUUGGAUUGUAAUAAAACAUCUAUAUAAUGAGUUUGGCUUUCUGUUUCC